UUCACCAACAAGAUUCAAAUUGCAGUCUUUUGUUACAUGCGGCGGAGGCACUUUCCAGAUUUGACCGUAAAAGACUAACACUUUGUAAGACGGCAGCAGCAGCGAAUCAACAAAUGGCUCCCGACGGCGGCGAUGCGGAGAUUCAUGGCGACGUAUUAGAGGCCGUCUUCUCGCACGUGCCGCUCGUCGACUUGGUUUCCGCCUCGCAGGUGUCCAAAUCAUGGUGCGGCGCGGUCUCGUCCUCCCUCCGCCACCACAACAAGCCGCGCCCGUGGCUGAUCCUCCACACGCAGGGCACGCGCUCGCCGUACGCCACCACCACCAAUGCUUACGAUCCGCGGUCCGACGCCUGGAUCGAAGUACCUCGACCGCCGAUCGAGUACAUCUCAGCCCUCAAAUCCUCCCACUCCAGUUUCCUCUAUAUGCUCUCCCCUUCGAGAUUUUCUUUCUCCUUCGACCCCCUCAAUUUCAAUUGGCACCACGUGGACCCUCCCCUUGUGUGGCGCAGUGACCCUAUCGUCGCGCGAGUGGGGAACGCCAUCGUCAUCGCCGGCGGCGGUUGUGAUUUCGAAGACGAUCCAUUCGCCGUCGAGAUUUACGAUCUGAACACGCGCGCCUGGCGUAGGUGCGACUCAAUGCCGGGAAAUUUGAGAGACUCGGCGGCUUCGCCUUGGCUCUCAGUCACGGCCACAGCUGAGAAACUCAUCGUUACCGAAAAAGAAUCCGGCCUGACCCACUGGUUCGACCCGGAAACCAAAACCUGGUCAGAACCAUUGUUUCUGUCCCCGGGUCAACCCGUUACCAGCUACAACAUCGGGUGCACCAACAACGGCCUGAUCUUGGUCGGACGGUGCAUCAUCCAAAAUGUCGAAAGAGUGAAGGUCUGGAUAGUUGGGGGAGAAGACUUUGCGUGCGAAGAAAUCGGAGAGAUGCCUCCGGAGUACGUAGACAAAUUGAGGAGUGAAAGCUUCGGAGAUUGUUCCAUAGAUAUUCGUGUAGCGGGGAAUACAGUUUACGUGUAUAACAACACAUGGGACUUGGAGGAGCUAGUGGGGUGCGAGUUGACAGCCGGCGGCGGGUGCAGGUGGUGGAGCGUGAGGAACGCAGUGGCGCGUGAGAGAAUGAUAGCGAACAGAUUGGUGUUGACAUGCUCGGAGAUUGGGAUUGAAGAGUUGCAGCGAGCUAUGAGGUGGAGGUGAAUGAGUUGACUCGGGUUUUGCGGGGCUGGGCCUUAGAGGCAUUAAUUGUCGACCGAUCACAAUUGUGAUUUCGAUAUCUUUUGUACCAAAUCUUUGUUUACUUGAUUUGGAAAUGAGUUGCAACAGUAUAAUGCAUUAUUACAAAUAAAGGAGUACGACAUCCAAUGAAAAUAACUUGUCUGUAAUUGCUUA